UUGAAUCCGUCCAGAUCAGUUCCAUCAAGAGAGUUCGACUUUAGGGUUUCAAGUUCUACAGCUAUUCUCAAUGGAUGAACACGUUUCUCUAUGGAUCAUCGACUUUCUUCUUCGACAACCGCUCCACGAUUGGGUUAUCGACGAGCUUUUAAGCGUUCUCCCUCUCUCUAUUCACGAUUCGAGCUUAAAGAAGGCGCUGCUUGUUCGAAAAAUCGUCUCCGAGAUAUCCAAAGGUAUGGCUUCAGAGGAAAUGCUUCUUCUUAUGGAACACAUUGAGGAGUUGGAUUACCAGGCGGGUGUUACAGCUUCUGAAGCCAUGAAGGCGGCGUAUUGUGAUGUGGCGGUGGAUUGCACAGUUAGGCUGCUCGAGGAGAGUCAGGUCAGGGAAGCGAAAUACUACAAUGCGGUGGAGAGAAUCUGGAGGGGAAGGGUUCUGAAGAUGGAAAUGGCGGGUAAUGUCGGGCUGGUUUCUGACGAGCUACUAAGUUGGAGAGAUGAUAUUGAGGCUUCUGUAUGGAAUACUAGUGUCGAUGAAGAUCUGCUGAAGAAGUGGAGAGGCUGUGAAACUCUGAAAUCUGUUAGAGUUUAUGUCGAAGAAGCGUGGGCGGCUAUGGGACCUUCAUUUCUUGAACAUGUGGUGCAGAAUGAGCAAAUUAAUCAAGUGUUGAAAUUCGAUCAAGAUCUUAAUUCUGUUGAAGUUCAAAGUAGUAGUGCAGGUACGGUAAAGGUAAUUGGAAGUUCAUCUUGAAUGUGUAUGGAGAUAAUUUGGUUGAGAGAACUGAGGUUGAUUUGAAGGAUAAAUGGAGAAACAUGACAACACGUGGCUUAUGUUUUAUUUUGGGAAAACACGUGGCUUAUGUUUUAUUUUGGGAAAACACGUGGCUUAUGUUUUAUUUUGGGAAAAUACGUUGCUUAUAGGCUUAUGUUACCAGAAGCACUUAAGUAAACUCUGUGUGGUGGGAAGUCAUUUUGUGGAAGUCUUUUUGUGAAACAAAGUUGUUCUGUUUUUUUUAAUACAGGUAUAUAUU